AAAAAGAUGAAGAACUUAAGCCUCAUUUUAUUUUAAUUGACAACACAUUCUAAAGUUUUAUGUAGUAUGAAUUAAAAGUUGUUGUAAGAUGUGGUAAGCUUAAAGCGAAUUACAUAGAUUGUUUCAUUUAUUGGAUUUUUACUAAUUUCUAAAAUGCCUAAAGAACAGUACCGGGAAACGGACGUGGCCAGAAAAAUCUCCCAUGUUACUUUUGGUGUGGAAAGCGCAGAGAGUAUGCAACAACAGUCUCAUAUUCAUGUAGUAGCUAAAAAUCUAUAUAAUCAAGAUGUCCAACGAACUCCUGUCCCAUACGGAGUUCUUGACAAAAGACUAGGAACUAACUCAAAAGACUCGCCAUGCCAAACCUGUGGAAAAAAUAUUAAUGAAUGUGUUGGUCACUUUGGUUAUAUUGAUUUAGAAUUGCCAGUCUUUCAUGUUGGUUAUUUUCGGAGUAUUAUAUGCAUUUUACAAUCGAUUUGUAAAAAAUGUGCCCAUGUUCUUUUAGAUGAAAAAGAGAAGCAUCAAUAUCGAAUUAGGUUGUCUAAUCCUCAUUUAAGUUAUAUGACAAAAAAAGCUAUAAGAAAGAAAAUUAUAGAUAAGUGCAAAAAAAACACAAAAUGUUUGAACUGUAAGGAACACAAUGGAUUUGUUAAAAAGAUGACUGCUAAAGGUAGUACUGGCAACUCUGUACUAAAAAUAGUUCAUGAAAGAAACAGAGAUAAAGAUAAACAACAAUUGCUAAAUGAUCAGCUAAAAGAAUUUGCUGUUGCCAUAGAAAGUAACCCUGAUAUUAAAUCAGCUUUUACAGGAAGUCCAAUUGCUGAGAUUCUAACUCCAAUUGAUGUCUUGAAAUUAUUUGAAAGAAUUCCUGAAAAUGAUAUUCUUUUAUUAGCUAUGGAUCCAAAAAGGUCUCAACCAAAAGAUUUAAUUUUAACUAGAAUGUUAGUCCCACCAGUGACCAUUAGACCUUCUGUUAUAUCAGAGUUAAAAGCUGGAACGAAUGAAGAUGAUUUAACUAUGAAACAAUCUGAAAUAAUAUUUAUUAAUGAUGUUAUCAAAAAACAUAAACAAUCAGGUGCUUCUGUAAAUAUGUACCAAGAAGGUUGGGAUUUUUUACAACUUCAGUCUGCUCUUUAUAUCAAUAGUGAAUUAUCAGGAAUACCUCUAGCUAUGAUGCCUAAAAAACCAGGUCGUGGGUUAGUUCAGCGACUUAAAGGUAAACAAGGUAGAUUUAGGGGUAAUCUAUCUGGCAAGAGAGUUGAUUUUUCUUCCAGGACAGUAAUUUCUCCUGAUCCUAAUCUCGAAAUUGAUCAAGUAGGUAUUCCUAAACAUAUCGCUAAAAUUUUAACUUUUCCUGAAAGGGUUAUUCAUGCUAAUAUUAAUGCUAUGAGAAAAUUGGUUAUAAAUGGUCCAGAUGUUUGGCCCGGAGCUAAUUAUGUACAACAAAAAGGAUCCCAGUUUAAAAAGUUUUUGAAGUAUGGUAACCGUGAAAAAUUGGCACAAGAAUUGAAGUUGGGAGAUAUGGUCGAAAGACAUCUUCACGAUAAUGAUGUAGUUUUGUUUAAUCGUCAGCCUAGUUUACAUAAAUUAUCAAUUAUGGCCCACAGAGCAAAAAUUCACAAUAAUAGAACAUUCAGAUUUAAUGAAUGUGUGUGCAAUCCUUACAAUGCUGAUUUUGAUGGUGAUGAAAUGAACUUACAUUUACCACAGACAGAGGAAGCUAAAGCUGAAGCACUUAUAUUGAUGGGAAAUAAAAGUAAUUUGGUUACACCUAGGAAUGGAGAACUUCUAAUCGCUGCCACCCAAGAUUUUCUCACUGGGGGUUAUUUGUUAACGAAGAAGGAUACGUUUUUAGAUUUCUCUCAUGCUACCCAAUUAGCAGCAACCCUUUUAGCUGGCAGUGAUACACAUAUGAAUAUAGAUUUGCCAACUCCUUGUAUUAUAAAGCCUGUGCCUUUGUGGUCUGGUAAACAAAUUUGCAGUUUGAUUUUCCGCCCCAACAAAAAGUAUCCAGUAAAAGCCAAUCUGGAAGCAAAGGGUAAAGCUUAUACAAAAAAUAGAGAAAUGUGCGUUAAAGAUUCUUAUGUUCUUAUAAGAAAUUCAGAAUUGAUUGCUGGAACUUUGGAUAAGAGUCAUCUUGGUAAUGGAGGAAAAGGAGGCAAUAUAUUUUAUGUAAUAUUGAGAGAUUUUGGGAAAGAAUAUGCAAUUACAGCAAUGUGGAGGUUAGCCAGAUUAGCUUCAAAUUAUUUAAUGAAUACUGGAUUUUCAAUUGGAAUAGGAGACGUGACACCAGGGGAAAAUCUAAUUAGAAGAAAAAACAAACUCCUCAAUACAGGUUAUGCAAAAUGUCAAGAAUAUAUCAAACAAAUGAACGAAGGAAAACUGCCUACUCAACCUGGUUGUACUGUAGAAGAAUCUUUGGAAGCUGUUAUAUUAAAAGAAUUGUCUGUGAUAAGAGAACAUGCAGGUCAAGCUUGUGUAGCUGAGUUACAUUCUACUAAUAGUCCUCUUAUUAUGGCACUUUCAGGAUCAAAAGGUUCUUUUAUUAAUAUAUCUCAGAUGAUUGCUUGUGUUGGCCAACAAGCCUUAAAUGGAAAAAGGGUACCAAAUGGAUUUGAUGAUCGCUCCCUGCCACAUUUCGAACGUUAUUCCAAAACUCCAGAAGCAAAAGGUUUCGUAGAAAAUAGCUUUUAUUCCGGCAUGACUCCUACGGAAUUUUUCUUCCAUACUAUGGGCGGAAGAGAAGGAUUAGUGGAUACCGCUGUAAAAACCGCAGAGACUGGAUACAUGCAGAGGCGAUUAGUGAAGGCUCUAGAAGAUCUUGUGGUACAUUAUGAUAGAUCGGUGAGAAAUGCAGAAGGAGAUAUUAUUCAGUUGAAUUAUGGUUGUGAUGGUCUGGACCCAACUUACAUGGAAGGUAAAGACUGUCCUGUUGAUUUUGAAAGGGUAUUGGAACAUAUUAAAGCGAAGUGUCCUUAUAGGCAAGAAGUAUCUUUGGAUGGAGAUCAAAUACGAAGGGCAACAAAAGCGUUUAUUGCCACUGAUGCUCUUGAGGAGUGCAGUGAAGAUUUCAGAAACGAAUUAGUCAAUUUUAUGAAUACUGUGGCGGAUAGAGUCGAAAGAGUAACUAAAAAAUUUGGUAGCAGCCUCGUUGCUAAAGAAAUAGAGCGACUGACUUGUAGCCAGUUGGUAACGUUUUUAGAAACUUGUGGACAAAAAUAUAUCAGAUCCAUAAUAGAACCAGGUACUGCUGUUGGCGCUUUAGCUGCUCAAAGUAUAGGAGAACCCGGUACACAGAUGACAUUAAAAACUUUUCAUUUUGCUGGCGUCGCUAGUAUGAACAUUACACAGGGUGUACCUAGGAUAAAGGAAAUUAUAAAUGCUAGUAAGAAUAUAAGUACUCCAAUAAUUACAGCUAGCUUGGUAAACGAUACUGAUCAAUGGUUUGCUCGAGAGGUGAAAGGAAGAAUAGAAAGAACUACUUUAGGAGAGAUAUCAACUUUUAUUGAUGAUGUUUAUACCAAAACAGGUGCAUUCUUAUUAAUUCAGUUGAACUAUGAAAGAAUAAAAUUAUUAAAAUUAGAAGUAAAUGCAGAAACAAUUCGAUACAGUUUAUGUACAUCAAAGUUGAAAUUGAAACCAGCAGAUGUCUGUGUAGAAAGUGAUACAAUAAUAACCGUUCAUCCAAAUAAAAGUAAACAUUCUAGAAGGCUGAAUUUUGCUCUUAGUGAGUUGAAAGAGCAAAUACCAAACGUUGUAGUUAAGGGUUUGCCGACAGUUAAUAGGGCGGUUAUAGCUAGGGAAGAUAAACAUGGAAGACCAGUUUAUAGUCUUUGUGUCGAAGGAAAUAAUCUACGGGAAGUAAUGGCAACGUAUGGUGUAGACGGUAAAAGAACUGUGUCAAAUAAUAUUAUGGAAGUUUAUCAUACACUUGGGAUAGAAGCUGCUAGGGAAACAAUCAUGUCAGAAAUUAAAAUGGUGAUGGAGAAUCAUGGUAUGAGUGUAGAUUAUAGACAUAUUAUGUUACUAGCAGCUCAAAUGACCCAUACUGGUGAAGUUUUAGGUAUAACACGUCAAGGAUUGUCUAAAAUGAAACAAUCAGUUCUAAAUUUAGCCUCUUUUGAGAAAACGGCAGAUCACUUAUUCGAUGCAGCUUAUUAUGGCCAAAGUGAUAAGAUUAGCGGCGUGUCUGAAAAUAUUAUAAUGGGAAUGCCUGCUGCUAUAGGAACUGGAAUUUUCAAGCUUCUCAAUAAACCUUCCAGUGUUGAGCAUACUCCAAAAUCAGAUCCAUUGCUUUUUGAAGAGACCAUCAAGGAAUUGAUGAUACAAUGUAAUUAAUGUAUUCUUUAUGUUAUGUCAAAAGCAAAAAUUGUGAUAAAGUGUAAAAAAUAUUUUGAAAUAAAAACUAUUUCCUAA